UUCUUGGUUGAGAAGAUAAUCUAACAAAAGGUAGAAAACAUGUUUUACCACAAUUCUUAUGAUGUAUCCUGUUAACAUCUCACAAUUUCCACCAUUAAAUUUCAUCUUUCAAAUUCAAAUUGAUUCAAUUUCAAUCAACUAAUUUAAUUGUCUUCCAACUGAUCACAACAACAAAAAAACGAGCCACUCAUCAAACUCCCUCUAGGAAAAUACAAAAAGUGGCUAACCAGCUGAUCCAAAUGUCAACUACAAUUUGAAUAUUUAUCAGUUCAAUCAAUUGGAUUUCCCAUUCUCUUGGAUUGGUUUUGUUUUUCCUCCACAAUUACUGGUUAAUUUAGUGAUUACAAUUUAAAAUGAUUAACCAUCAACUCAACUUGGGAUUUUAAUUACUACAAAUCAAUUGGAUCAUCAAGACUAGAAACAUAUGAUUUUUUUUUGAAGAAAAAGCCUCAACUAUAAACAUCAUCAAUUCUACAUGUUGCAAGGUUCAACUGGAUUAAUUUAAUUUCCAUAAAUUGGUUAAUUGUUAUUCCAUUAAAUGUUUACUCGCCAAUGGACAUCACCUUGUUAUCUGUGACUGUGACUCUCCAAUAGCUUUUUACCCUUAAGGUGUGAUGAGUUUUCACCUUGUUGAUGUUGAUAUUUGUCAUCUCCAAUUUCAAUUGCUGUUGAAUCUCUGAUUUGUUUUUUUUUCUGUGUAAUAUUAUCAACUCAAAUUCCAUAAUCAAUGGUGAUAAUGAAAUUACGGCGAAGAUGUCGCAGUGAUUUUAUUAGAUUAUCUUUCCUUCUGGUAUCAGUAAUUUUUGUCCUCUUCUUACUCUCAAGUAGUAAGAAUAAAAGUGAUUCAGAAUUUGGAGAAGAUAUUUUUGAUCUAACAAAUGAUCAUAAUAGUAAAGAAGGUUUGAUGAAAAGCAAUCCAACUGUGAUAAAACAACUGAGUGCCAAAGAAGCUGAAAUUUACCAUGAUCUGAAUCCAGUAAUUAAAGGUUGGGGUGAAAAUGGUCAAUCAGUUAUACUGACCAGUGAUAGUGAAAAAUCAUUGGCUCAGAAACAAUUUGACAAAGGAGCUUUCAAUGUAUAUAUAAGUGAUCGUAUCUCUCCCAAUCGAUCACUUCCCGAUCCUAGGCCAUCAGAAUGUUCAAAGGUCUCUUACGAUUAUAAUAAACUUGGAACGGGUUCAAUUGUGAUCAUAUUUACCGAUGAAAUUUGGUCAGCACUGAUUCGUACGAUAUGGUCAGUAUGGAAUCGAACACCUCAUCAAUUAUUGAAAGAGAUUAUUCUGGUUGAUGAUGCUUCCAAUCGAACUGAACUUCAACAACCAUUGAGAAAUUAUUGUUCUCAUUAUUUUGGUGAUCAAGUUAAAUUGUUUCGAUCAGACAAACGAAUUGGUUUAAUUCGUGCACGAGUUUUGGGAGCUAAAAAAGCCUCAGGGGAUGUUAUUGUCUUCCUAGAUUCUCAUUGUGAGGCAACUAAAGGUUGGCUUGAACCUUUAAUGGCGGAAAUUGCUGAGAAUCCUAAUCACGUUGUUUGUCCGGUAAUUGAUGUAAUUAGUGAUAAAACAUUGGCCUACAAUUACGGGACACCUUACUUUUUUCAAAUCGGCAGUUUUACCUGGGCAGGUCAUUUUACCUGGAUGGACAUGGACGAGGAAAAGCUGAUUGAAUCGCCGACGAAAGCGGUUUCCUCACCAACAAUGGCCGGUGGACUUUUAGCAAUUAAUCGUAAUUACUUUUUCUCCAUUGGUUCGUACGAUGAAGCAAUGGAAAUUUGGGGUGGCGAAAAUUUAGAAAUGUCCUUUCGAAUUUGGCAAUGUGGGGGUAAACUGUCCAUUCACCCGUGUUCUCAUGUAGGUCACAUUUUCCGUGAUUAUCAUCCCUACUCUUUCCAAGGGAAAGAUACUCAUGGUAUUAACACACUUCGAACCAUGAUGGUCUGGAUGGAUCCAGAGUAUCGUCGGUACUUUUUCAUGCAUCGAACUGAUCUUGCCGAUAUUAAUCCAGGUGAUCUAACCGAUCGUUUAGAAUUGAAGAAACGUCUCAAAUGUAAAUCAUUUAAAUGGUAUUUAGAUAAUAUUUUCGAGGGGAGAAAAUUUAUCUACGAUCAAAACGCUCAGGCUUGGGGGACCAUUCGCAAUAGGAAAAGUGGCCUUUGUUUGGACACUUUAAAUGAGAACGAAGAGAAAUCUUAUCCUCUUGGUGUUUUCCAUUGUGAACAAAGACUCGCCAAUCAAUAUACUAAUCAAUUUCUUACUCUUACGAAUGACGGUGAAUUAAGACGGGACGAAUCGUGUGCAACCGCUACCGGGGAUAAAGAGGGUAACGUUAAGAUGGACAAAUGUACAAUCGUUGAGUUUGGCCUGAAAAAAUCGCGCGAAACGAUGGCCCAUGAGAAGAAGAAGCAAAAAUGGAAACAUUUAAAAGGCGGUUGGAUAGUUAAUGUUGGAACUAAUUUAUGUUUAACUACGAAGAAAUUAAAAUCAAUGUCGAAAAUUAAAUUAACUAAAUGUAAUUCGUACGAUCCUUAUCAAAAGUGGAGAUUCCAAUCAUAUGCUGAAGUUGAUUUCAUCUGAACAACAACAAUUAACUAAUUAUUUAUUUCCAACUUAAUCUUUUAAAUCAGAAUGUUGAACUUUUUUUAUAUUCUCUUACGAUGAUUAAUUAAAAAAACGAUUUAAUUGCCAAUUUUUCUAAUUGAA